CGACAGAGUCUAUAUAGAUCACCGCGUCCACCCGAAGUCCUCAGUCUUCGCGCGAUUUUCGCGAUCCGUCCGUCGAGUAGGUGACGUCGUUCUCCCCCCUCCCCCCCCCACCCCCCUCGACAUCGAGAUGUCAGCGACUCUGCCCUCGCCCUUGCACUUGUUGCUCCUCCUGGCGCCUUCGGCGUUCGGGGGUUUCCCGUUCGCUUAUCAAUCGGCGGCUUACCACCCCCUGGCGUCUGGUCCGCACCUGAUUUACAGUUCGCCGAUAGACGGUGGUUUUCUGCUCUCCGGAUUCUCUUACUUCACCAGGGGUCUGGACGGCGAGCGGAGCGAGGUGGUUUUCGUCAGCGGACCGGAUUCCGAAAAACAGAUGAACAACGAGGUCGCGGCGAUGCGAGACAUGAUCGUCACGAAUUCGGGGGAAAGUAACGCCGCCGCGAAUACCGAGGUCGAAGGAUCUGCCCAGGCUGCGAGGGUCGUGCCGGCGAAAACUGAGACCGCGCCGGAAUCCCCAACUGCGGAAAAAAGCGACGCGGCCGCCGCAACUGCGGAAAAAAGCGACGCGGCCGCCGCUGCCGACUCGCCGAAGGACGCGACGGAGAAUGCGGCGACCGAUCCUGCGGCCCCCGCGGGCGCCAUCGGCGGCCAGUACCUUCCCGCGAAAGGAUCCGGAUUUCGGGCACCUUAUCCCCUCGUCAGACUGGCCGGAUCACUUUCUUAUUACCCCCAAUUGACGACAGGCCCGUUCUCCGGCUUCGGAGGAUUUUCGGACUACGAGCCGAGCGAUUAUCCGAUAUCGCAGUACCCGCAGCCGUUUUACAACCGGUACGAUUCUUACCAGAGUCUAUUCGAUCAGGCGUUCCCUUCGGCGGAAGGUUACUUCGUUCCGCCGUACCCUUCGAUCUAUCAGAACCCGACGAUUCCCGCGAUUUCUUCGACGAAUUUUAUCUCGGACGACUCUUCUACCCCGCUGUCCGUCGAGCCGAGCGCUAAUUUGAUGAAAUUCACCGAAGAAUUGCAAGACGUUAUCGAGCUGGACAGGAGAAUUAAUAGCGGAGAAGGAGUUGGAACUAAAUCGCAAGGAACGACCGUCGAACCCGAAGUUUCUCUCAAGGGCGAUGAAAAUCCUACCACAGUUGAGGCCGAGGUAGAGGCAACUUCCGAAAAAUCGACGACCACCGAGCAAUCGGUGGGCGAAAAAUCUACCGAGACCGCCGCACCGAUUUCGAGUUCGGAGACGCCGUCGACUUCGGCUGAACCGACGGAAACGUCUACUUCGGUCGCGGACGAAGCUUGAUUUUUCGCCGAUCGGAGAACGAGAGGGAUUGCAUAGUUCGUUGAAUUUUGAAGGCGGGCGAAAACGGUUCGGACAAUUUUUAUUCGAGUCUGAAAUUUUGUUUCUCUGUUCGUUUAGCAGGCAUUGUAAAAUUUCGAUAAAAAACCUUACCCUUUUCACGUCUCGGAUUCAACUCCGUUACUACCCAAUCAAUGUUGUAAUUGUAUGUGAAUAAAAAAUUAGUAAGAAUAUGAAUAAAUUUUUUUUAAAUCGA